AGUGGAAUGAUACUUCAAAGAAGGCGGCCAAGGCUAACAUACUUGCUAAGCUAGCAGCAGGAGAGUCUUUUAGAGAAGAAGUUAUGGCUUCAGCUGAUAUUUUACCAUUAGUUCCAUUAUGGAAAGUUGACACUCAUGCGUGUGCCAAAUGCUAUGCCCCUGUUACUCCACAAAUUGAGACAUAAUUUUUCAAAAUUUUAUUAUAUUUUUGAUUUUUUUGGCUGUUAAUGUAGGCCUUUUCUUUGGACUUCAACUUGAGGGCACAUAUGAAAACACAAUCAGUAGAAAACUAGUGUUUGUCCUUACCCUGAAUGUGGCCGAAGAUACACACAUGAAUGCAAACUGAACAGUCAUAUAAAGACGCAGCAUGAAAAGGAUGCCAUGGUGGAGUUGAGGCCACAUGAAAAGCCCAACAAUGCUGCAAAGGCUCCUGUCUUGAAUUCUGCAUCUUCAGACCGUCCUUAUGUCUGUCCAUUUGCUGGUUGUGAAAAAGCUUACAUUCAUGAAUAUAAGCUGAAUCUCCAUUUGAGAAAGGAACAUCCUGGUCAUAAUCCAGAGGAAGGUUACAAGACUGCUCUGAUGACCGCCGCGAGCACUGGGAGCGCUUGUGUUGGUGAACCCAAGAUAGAGCAGUUAUCCAUUAGAAUUCCAGUGAUCAUCCCUAGAUCUCCAUUCUUCCACUCCGCCUGCUCCCUUCUGCAAAUUCUCUUUGUUACUUUGCCAAUAGUGCAGAGAGCCUACCAGAAGCUAACGAGCUCGACUAGAAUGAUCGGCUAUAAAAAAAAAGGUAAGCAAUAGAAAUAUCAUGACUUUGAAAUACUAUUUAAGCAUUCUCUAUCAGAAUUGUUUACUAGCUAAGCUACUGUAACUUAGUCCAUAUGUUAUUUAUAUUUCUCUAAGGUGGAAUUU